AUGAGGAAAACAUCGACUGUGCGAGCCAGAAGGCGGGACAGGAAAGUCAUGCCGCCUACAUUGAGGUACAGAUCCGUUAGCAACAGCGCCACUCGCAGCCGGAAGGGUGCUCGUUUGCGCAUGCGGCCUUGGUUGGAGCUGCUUCUGGAUACGCAGAAGUGCAGCAUCCUCCGCUGGGAGGACAGAGAUUCAAAGAAGUUCAGCAUCGCUUGGCGACAUGCAUCCAGCCAUGGCUUCGAUCCUUCGAGGCACUCAGAUUUGUUUUAUAUGUGGGCGGAACAUACAGGUAAACUGAAAAGAAUUACCAAGGAAAAUCAUUCCAGUAACAAGAGCACGUUCCGCUGUGCUCUGAACAGCUUGAAGGACUGUAUCGAGCUAACCAAAACAGGCGACAAGCGGGGCGAGGGAGCCAAGAGGACAUACCAGUUUAUAGAGCCCGGUCACCAGUUGUAUGAUA